AUGGCUCCUGCAUUCCCCAAGAAGAAGUGUGGUGUUCUCGGCGCCACCGGCUCCGUUGGUCAGCGUUUCAUUCUCCUACUGGCAGACCACCCCUUCCUUGAGCUUCAAGCAAUCGGUGCUUCCGAGCGUUCAGCAAACAAGAAAUACAAGGAUGCCGUCAACUGGAAGCAGGCUCGUCCCAUGUCCGAGAAGCUGAGCAAUCUUGUUCUGCGUGAGUGCAAGGCUGAGUUGUUCUCUGACUGUGAUCUUGUCUUCUCUGGACUGAACAGUGACAUCGCUGGCGAGACCGAGAUGGCCUUCAUCAAGGCUGAGAUUCCUGUGUUCUCUAACGCAAAGAACUACCGCAAAGACCCCAUGGUCCCUCUGGUGGUCCCCACUGUCAACCCCCAACAUCUGGACCUGAUCCCUCACCAGCGCAAGCAGUACGGCCUCAAGAAGGGCUUCCUGGUCUGCAACUCAAACUGUGCCGUCAUUGGCAUUGUCAUCCCCUUCGCUGCUCUCCAGGCCAAGUUUGGCCUUGUUGAGGAAGUCGAGGUUUUCACCGAGCAGGCCGUCUCAGGAGCCGGCUAUCCCGGUGUCCCUACCAUGGACAUCCUGGACAACGUUAUUCCUUACAUCAGCGGUGAGGAGGACAAGCUCGAGAACGAGGCUCAGAAGAUCUUGGGCUCAUUGAACGCCAGUGCUACCGGUUUCGACGAGCAGUCUGGUCUUCGCAUCGGUGCCACUUGCACCCGUGUCGGUGUCACUGACGGCCACAUGGCCUUUGUCUCUCUCCGCUUCAAGAACCGCGAGACCCCUAGCGCAGAGCAGGUCGUUGAGGCUCUCCGUGAAUACCAGUCCGAGGCACAGAAGUUGGGUGCUCCUUCCGCACCGCAGCCCGCUAUCAAGGUCUUCGAUGAGCCCGACCGUCCCCAGCCCAGACUUGACCGUGAUAUCUCCGGCGGUUACACCGUCAGCGUUGGCCGUGUUCGUGAGGGCGCUAAGGGUGGUCACUUUGAUAUCCGAUUCGCGGCUCUCUCUCACAACACCGUUAUCGGAGCUGCUGGUUCAUCCAUCCUCAACGCCGAGGUUGCUGUUAUCAAGGGUUACAUUUAA